AAUUAAUCAACCAAUAUGGCCAAUAUUGACUUCUGGACAAAAGAAGAAGCUAGAUGCGACUUUGAUGAUCAGUUUGAUGAAGAGUCUUCACUCAGUUCACCCAGCACCAAGAUCGCAGUUUGUCUGCCUUCGUGAGUUCGUCAUCAGAGCAAAUUACACUCUGAUCAAAAGCUGGAAGUGCUCUCGAUGAGGGUAUGUGAAAGUGGAAAGCAGAGACUGGGGCUUCAGAUCAAGAAGACUCAGAGUGUGGCUGACAAGUCUACACCUUAUUCACCAGUUCAUGAUGUUAAGAAGAGUAAACACAAGGCUCCCAAAGUUUUGUGAGACAUUCAGCACGAUUCAGCUACGGGGGAAAUGAGGCUAGAGAGUCCUGAGAAAUCUUUGGAUUUCGAGAGUCUUAUGAAGGCCACUCCUGUACCAGAGCCAAAAGAGUGUGCAAAAAUGGGCAAUAAAGACAAGAAUAAACGCAGAUCCAACAUAAAAGAUUUCUAUCAAAAACACAAACACACUCUUUGCAAAACAGUUUUAGAAAAUUCCAAGCAAACAAAAGGACUAAAUCCUAAUAAAGAGAGAAGAAAGAACUCUGAACAGUCCGUCAAGGAACUUCUGGUUUCUCUUGUCAGACGUAGAAGGAUGAGUUCCAUUGGAGAUUUCUGAACUCCUCCCAAAAAGAGCCAUUCAGUUAUGCGUAAACACAAGAGAAGCCCAGAUGACGGACUUUGCCCAGCCAAACUUAAUGACAGGUCAGCCACACUGAAGCAGGAAUGAGUACUUGUAACAAUGAACGACAUUGGAGCGAUAGAGUAA